GCUGCAGCGGGCGGCCCUCCCGCCUCGCCCCGCCGCGCUCCGCCGCUCUGUGCCGGCCGUCUCGGCGGGCCGCGGCUGACGUCGGACAACAAAGAUGGCGGCGGGGAGCAGCAACUACUGGGAAGAUCUGCGGAAGCAGGCGAGGCAGCUGGAGAACGAGCUGGACCUGAAGCUGGUCUCCUUCAGCAAGCUCUGCACCAGCUACAGCGGCGGCCGGGACGGGCGGCGCGACAGGUAUAGCUCUGACACCACUCCUCUCUUAAAUGGGUCAAGCCAGGACAGAAUGUUUGAGACCAUGGCUGUGGAGAUUGAACAGCUUCUGGGAAAGCUUACUGGAAUAAAUGACAAAAUGGCAGAAUACACAAACAGCGCAGGAGUCCCAUCCCUGAAUGCUGCACUAAUGCAUACGUUACAGCGUCACAGAGACAUAUUACAGGAUUACACUCAUGAAUUCCACAAAACCAAAGCGAACUUUUUGGCGAUACGAGAAAGGGAAAAUCUGUUGGGAUCAGUACGAAAAGAUAUUGAAUCAUAUAAAAGUGGCUCUGGUGUGAAUAACAGAAGAACAGAACUAUUCCUGAAAGAACACGAGCACCUUCGAAACUCAGAUCGGCUGAUAGAAGAAACAAUAAGCAUCGCCAUGGCAACUAAAGAAAAUAUGACUUCGCAGAGAGGGAUGUUGAAGUCAAUACAAAGCAAGAUGAAUACCUUGGCUAAUCGGUUUCCAGCAGUGAACAGCCUGAUUCAGAGGAUCAACCUUCGGAAACGACGAGAUUCUUUCAUCUUGGGUGGCGUCAUUGGCAUCUGUACCAUCCUACUGCUGCUCUAUGCUUUUCAUUGAUGGAUGUGCCCCCGUGGACUCUGCUAAACUCAUCACCACCAUCCCUCCCCUCCAGUCAAGGAAAAGUGAGUGGGGGAAGAGACAGACUUGGAACAGCCUGCUCUUUGUGGCUGGGAGUAUCAGCAUGAUGUCUAAAGUUUAGGAUGGUAGACUGCGACACUGGUUUUGGGUUGAAGCUGCAGUGUUUCUCCUUCCCUGCCAUACAUCUUCCUUUGGUUAAAUUAGAUGGUCUUUUCUUUUUUUUUUUUUCUUUAAUUCCCUGUUUCACCGCAAGGUAAGUAAACAUGGGACUCUUAACAAAACCAGUGGAACAGCUGCUGUGCUCAGUGGCGCUGGGGAGGUCUGUUGUUGGCUGGUAGGUGGAAAAAGAGUGUUAGGCAUCCCUGGGCUGGAAGCUGCAGGAAGCCUGCUUCCCCACUAGGCCAAGCGCAGUACUGAACACUUUUGUCCUAUGAGAAGAAUAUUGCAGCUUUAAGCCAUCAGGUUGCUCUGCUACUAAAUACAUGUUCUGUAAUUCUUUUUAACUCAUGGCUGAGAUACUAGUUAUUUCUGCGUUAUUUGUGCUGUGAAAACUGUGCUUCACGCAAAUUCCUCAAAGAAAAAAAAGGAUUGUUCAGUUCACUUUUUGCACAGAAUAUGAAUAAACCACCCUCUGAGGAACAUUUAUAGUUUUUUUUUUUUGUGGCUUUAAAGGGACUAACAAGUCCCCUUUUGUAAAAAGGGAGCACAGUGUCCUAGCAGCUGUUUACCAUAGUGUUCAGUCAUCUGAAACGUGACCAAACAUGAGUUCACCUGAAAGCAGACUUUUGGGUGUAAAUACUUGGAUUUUGGAUGACAUCAUAAAGGUCUUUAUAAAGACAUGAUUGAAAAGCCUAUAUUGUAAUUUACAUAAAGUUAUUCUAAUAGCAUUAAUAUUUUUACACUGUAAGUAGGAUAUAAUCUAAACUGUCAAUUGGAAAUUAAAAUUAUGAUGGUUAUAGCUGAGGCAAAUGUAUCUAAGUGCAAAAGUUUGGGACAUGCCUCCUCAUAGUAAAGAGCUGAAUGUAUGAAUAGUGAACCAAGUUUCAUUUACCAUUAUCUGGGGGGAAGUUUUUUUUUUCUUGUCCAGACAUGGAACAUGAACCCUGUUGCGUUUGUGUCAAUAAACAAAACCGAUGUCAGGAAUGGCUUUGAUAUUGCAGAUUCACGAGUUAUGGAUUAUUUCUGCUCUCUCAAUGGCUCUUUUUCCAUCUGUCAUAUCGUAACCCACUAAAUAGAAACUGAGGCACUGAAAUCUCUUUCUAAGAACUUGAUCAACUCUUUUUGCAGUGAAUUUACAGUGCUUCUAACUGGUUUCAUGUAUGCCAUUACCCACAAAUGCCAGGUAGUCUCCGGGUUCUCUUCUGGGACGGAGUCUAGCGGGACAGUCGCAGUAUUUUUACUGCUUUUUAUAGUGUCUGUGAAGUACCUGUUGGAGGGAAUAGAGACUUGUGCCUGUCUAGUGUGCAAAACCACAGUGUUGCGCCUAAAAUGUUUGUAUGGAUUUGAAGGCUUAUUUGCAGAAUAGUAACUUUGUGCUAUAAAGUCUGCAAGGACUUCUAAUCAGUCAUCUUGUCAUUUGGGAUUCAAAAGCGUUUGAAAUGAAUACAUGUAAAACGGUGGGGCUUGUAUUUUAAAUAAAGGGUGAUAUAUUUGGAUGAUCUGGGAAUGUUCCUGGUUUGAAAUAAAGUGUUCAUUAAAGGGGUUUAUGGAAAACCUUGAUGGAUAAAGGAAGUUUUAUUAAUGAAUCUGUGUGUUGGGAGAUCAAACUUCAUUUCCCCCAAUGCUUUUUCUUUGAUUCCACCCCCACAGGACCCUGAUCAGCAGUUGUCCUUCUGUUUAGGAUUUGUAGGAUUUGAUCGCUAUAUAGUUGGCAGUAUAAGAUCUGCAGUAUCGUAAAUAAAUUCAUUUACUUAAUCUGAAAACCAGUCUUUUUUACUGGACUUAAUUGAUUAUUUGGUGCAUAUAUUUAAUCUUAUUGUGUGAUAAAGCUGCUAUGGAAAAUGUGUAGAUUAUAAUAAAUAUGUAAACAUGAUUGAUUUUUCAUGUCAUGAAGAUGUUAUGGAGGAACUGAUAUAUUUUAGUACAAAAUAAUAGAAAUAUGCUGAAUUAUCUCUGAUAAAGCUUUACUGGAAGUGGUUUCAGUAUUUACAACCCCUCUAUGACUUUUAUUUAUGUUGGUUUUGCAUUGGAAAAUACAUUUUAUUAAUCUUGUAAUCUCCCUUUCAUUAUCUUCUCCUCUAGCUAUGUGAGCAGGCAUUUUGCAUUGCUCUCUGAAGUGAUGUGCUUGCAUAUAGCCAAAGGGGAAGGACUUGCUAAUUCUCCUGAAUAAUUCUCCUGAAUGUCUCUGAUAACAUGAACCUGUAGGUGGGACAAUGGACUGUUAAAAGGAAAACAGAGGGUUGUACAUUUAAUCUCAAAUUCCAAAAUACAGGUUUGUGUGUCUCCUGUUGCUAGAUAUGUUCUCUAAGUUUUUUUCUUCAGUAUAGUUCCUCUUGCUCUAAGGAAGAAAAAGUCCUUAAAGAAUUCUCAUUUCUGCAGUUCCUGGCAAAGUUGCAAUUUUGAAACUCAUCCAAGCAGAAUUGUGCUGAGAAAAUUGUUAGUAAGCCAUAGAAAUGAAGUGAGUAAAUGGGAUAAACAUUUCUGCAGGGCACAUAGUUUCCUUCCCCUCUCCUUUUUAAAUUUCUUCUUUAUUCUUGCCAGUACACAAGCACCAACUUUAAACCUGUCCACCAACCCCUUGGGUAAGCAUUAGAACACAAGGGAUCCUUUUCAUCCCCCAAAUGGACACAAAUAUUUUUAGGCUUUUUUUUUUUUUUUUUUUCAAAAAAAAUCGUGUUUCUCUGAUCUUCAUGCUCCAGUUGCUUGAGCAGAGGGGGCACGGGGGCAGCACCAGGUGUUGCACAUUCAAGUGGUGAGCUUUUGUGUGGCUACAACCAAGAGCACAGCUGAAGCUUAUCCUUGCCCCUCCCUGGAGGGUGUGCAAGCAAGGCUGGAGGUGGAGGCAGGGCUUUGCCAGCCUGGAAGGGACCUGGGACCAAGCAAGGUGGUGCUUCUCCUAGGGUGAGUUUGCCCUUCCUUGGGGAGGCACAUUUUUAUAAAUCAAUUCUGAGUUCGUCAGCUUUUGGAUAUCAAGGUGUGCUAUAAAUUCGUACUGGAUUCAUCACACUAAUCAACUAGACUUUUUUGCUUGUAGCUUUUAAAGUCAUUUCUUUUGGAAGGCCUUAAGAUCACUGUGAGAAGAAAGAGGCAGUUCCUUACUGGGUAUCGAAAAUGAAUGAGCAAAAGUAGGAGUUUUUUUAGGUGAUGUGAAAGUUUCAGAUAAGUUUGUCAACUGCUUGUCCUCAAGGUCUGCACUCUCAGAGGAACUGUGUUCCUGAAGCUCCCCCCCAAACUGCUAUGCAGGGGGUGGAGGCUGGUCUGCCACUUCUGGUUGUGAAACUCAAUCAGGAUUGUUUUAGUUCCCUAAACCUAGCAGCUUGUUUCCCAAGAUCACUUAAUGCAUGAUCUUUUCUUAGGUUUUUUCCCCAAAACUUUCAUUUGAAACAGGAAGAAGUAACAGCUAUACCACUUUUGAAGGAUGAAAUAAUUCUUAAACUCCUAAUAACAGUACUAGAUUAUGCAAUCCUUCAGAGCAGUGGUCCUAUUUAGCAAUGUCAAAGGAGUCUACAAUGCAAGACAAAAGACAUACUGAGACAAAACUGAGCCAUAUUCCAGGUGAAAUCCUCUUGGUGCCCGUUAUCUGAUGUGCUGAUUGGAUAUUUGAAACCAGUGUGAUGCUUUCAGCUCUGAAUAUGUAAGUGGUUGUUGGUGUGUCUGCUACAGAGUGAGGAAGGCAGUUGAAAUCAACACUCAAGAUAACAAAAAACGCACACAACUUUCUCGCAAAACAUCCCAAUGCAGACUUUUGUAAAUUAGUUUCUGAUCACACUUUCUGAUUUUUUUCUGUUUUUCAUAUAGCUACUUGAAACUUACUUUAUUGUAUCUGUAAUUAUUUUUUUCACCUAUUGUGCAUUCUCUGUAUAUAUUUAAAAAGCUUUGAUAUGUAAUUUAAUAAUAAAUUAGAAUUCUAA